AUGGUCUCGUUCAAAUCCCUUCUCGUCGCCGUCUCGGCACUCACUGGGGCACUUGCUCGUCCCUUUGACUUCCUCGAUGAGCGUGACGAUGGCAACGCCACCUCGGUUCUCGAGGCCCGUCAAGUCACUGGCAACAGUGAAGGAUACCAUAACGGCUACUUCUACUCUUGGUGGUCUGAUGGCGGUGGUUAUGCUCAGUACCGCAUGGGUGAGGGCAGCCACUACCAGGUUGAUUGGCGCAACACUGGCAACUUUGUCGGUGGAAAGGGAUGGAACCCUGGUACUGGCCGAACCAUCAACUACGGAGGUUCCUUCAACCCUCAGGGCAACGGAUACCUUUGUGUCUACGGUUGGACCCGCGGUCCCCUCGUCGAGUACUACGUCAUCGAGAGCUACGGUUCUUACAACCCCGGUAGCCAGGCUCAGCACCGAGGUACCGUCUACACCGACGGUGACACCUACGAUCUCUACAUGUCCACCCGUGUCCAACAGCCUUCCAUCGACGGCGUUCAGACAUUCAACCAGUACUGGUCCAUCCGCCGCAACAAGCGCACCAGCGGCUCCGUCAACAUGCAGAACCACUUCAAUGCUUGGAGAUCUGCUGGCAUGAACCUCGGCAACCACUACUACCAGAUUUUGGCUACUGAGGGUUACCAGAGCAGUGGCUCAUCUUCUAUCUAUGUCCAGACUAGCUAA